GAUGCGUGCAGCCCAUCCAAACACAUGCCUCUCAGCCUCCGACAGCACUUUAAUCUCACCCUCACAGACUGCACCUCCGAUGUCGUUCAAAAUGUCUCUGUUUGAGACUUUGGGGGGAUUUAAAUGACUUGCGAGAAACCGCAAUAGCAAUUGAUCACUGAUUCUCUUCUCUUUUGUCCUCUUUAAUGGGUUCACGUUCAGUCCGACAGAAGGGAAUGGAGAUGUUGCGCCGCUCCUCAGUGUUCGCGGCUGAAGUGAUGGAGGUGUUUGACCGCUCUCCCACGGAUAAGGAGCUCGUGUCUCAGUCUAAAGCCUUGUGUAAGGAUUACAUCAAUUCCAGACUUCAUCGGGCUGAAAUCGGAGGGUCUAAACCAGAGCAGGGAUCUGGAGGAACACUGGCUGAGGUGUCUUCAGUCCUUCUGUGGUUGGGUGAUGAGCUGGAGUACCUGCGACCCAAUGUGUACCGCAACGUAGCGAGACAGCUCAACAUCUCCAUUUCCUCUGAGAGCAUAGUCUCUGAUGCCUUUUUGGCUGUCGCUGCAGAAAUCUUCUCUACAGGUGUAACAUGGGGGAAGAUUGUGUCUCUGUAUGCCGUGGCCGGAGCUCUGGCUGUGGACUGUGUUAGGCAAGGGUAUCCAGCGAUGGUGCACACCAUUGUCGACUGCAUGGGCGAGUUUGUUCGCAAGAGCCUAGUGUCGUGGUUAAAGAGGAGAGGAGGCUGGGUGGACAUUACAAAGUGUGUAGUCAAUACAGAUCCCAGUUUUCGUUCUCAUUGGCUGGUGGCAGCUGCCUGUGCCUGUGGUCACUUCCUCAAGGCUGUGGUCUUCUACCUGCUGAGAGAAAAAUAAAGAGCAGCACAAACAAGUGACGAACAGCUGGAAACUCCCAAAACUGGCAGAAGGUGUUCCUAGUCAAUGCUUAAGCCUUUCACUGCUCAUGAUGUGUUUACACUUGCACAAAGUUUGCACUUUUCCUUUAAAGGAUAUUCUUGCGCUCCAAGAUGAAACAAUAUAUUUAAGGCUUUGUUAUGUUAUGUAUUUAACCUGGCCUCUUGCACUCUUGGCAUUCCUUGCUGUUACCAAUUUUAUUGAACCUAAGCUGAGAGGAAGCUAUCAUGACCUUUGUAUUAAAAUAGUGUUCAUGUACAUGAACAAUGCUGCCUAGACCAACUUUUCUUGUCAGAAAGUUUCUCUGAUUAUUAUUAUAUUUUCACUUUCUCAAGUGGUGUGAAAAAUGGCUCGGAGUAUAUCUGUGUGUGAAAUGGAGAUCAGUAUCAGGAUAAUAUUCUUGUAUUUCCCAAGGAAAAACUCCAAAAUACUGUAUGACUGUGGGAGAGAGCCAACAAAGUAGAUUUUGGUUGACUAAUAAUGAAAAAUCGAUUUCAGUUCAUUCCAUACUUCAAAUUUGAGCAUGACAAAUAAUUUUUCUCUAUUAAUUUGUCAUAUAAUUUUCGUGUAAUAUUUUCCCCUAAUCUUAUAUUUGGUGUCGUUGGUGCCGCCUUGAACAAUUGUAAGAUAUUAUGGAGCAUCGCCAUAAUAACUUAAGACUUGAUGAUGUAUCAUUUUUUAUUUCAUUAUUUUGUUCUCUUGUAUAGUUUAUGAAAAUAAUUCUGUGGAAACUGGUUGAACUGAAUGUAUGCAAAAAUAAAAAUAUAUAUAUACUUUUUUCAAAAA